UAACCAUUUGAUACAUGUAUUUCCCAUUUAACUAUUUGGAAAACCCUGUUUGAGUCUGUCCAUUCUGAAUAUUUUUUUAAAAUAUGUAAUGUUCCAAAUAAGUGAUAAUAAUAAGAAUAAUGCCUUAGAAAUUCUAGUACAUAUUUCUUUGCACAGCCCUGGAAGGCUCAGGCCCAGGCCAAGGCCCAAUGUGGAGUAAAAUUCUAAAACUGAGCACGACGUCUUCCUCCUCUGUUUUCUCUUCUUCCUAAUCCGAUCCCGUACUCGACAACAAUCGAUUGCCAUGUUCGCCAUUCCUUUUUGUCCUCCGUCUUCGUCUUCUUCUACUGUUUCCUUCCUCUCGCAAACAGCCAGAAGCCAGCUUCCGGUCUAUUCACAUGCAGCAGCAUCUGGCACUCAUGAAUGCUUCUUUCUCGUGAAUUUCUCUACUGCAACCUCGAUUGAGAUUAAACCAGUUCGAGCCACUCAACAUCUUCUUAUCCAGUGCGGCUGCCUCAACUCGCUAACAGAUCUUCAAAGUGACACAGGUUUUCUCUAUCCAUUGUUCCGGGAGCUGGGAAUCAACGAAGAAGAAACAGAAUAUCUUCUUUUGAAGAACCCAUCUCUGAAAUUAUCUUCUUUCGAUGAGAUAAAGAGCCGUCUUCUUUCUUUGCAGUCUCUUGGAAUCACGGGUACUGCGCUUUAUCGCAUGGUUAUGAAACGCCCAAAUGUGUUGACAGCAGAGGAAGUUGAUCCAUUGAUACGAUUUCUGCUCGAUGACAUGGAAGGAAAGCUUGAGCUAAAGCAGCUCGAACGCCUGUUAACUGCAACGGAAGCAAGAUUCUUGGCUGGUUUUAACCGAAAGGUUAGGCUACUACUUCGACAUGGGGUUCCUAAAGAAAAGAUUGCUUAUGUUCUCAACGAUGUCAAUCUAUCAAAAGCGUUGUGUAAGAAGUCACUUGGAGAUAUUCAAAGAACCAUUGAUUUCUUGCAGCCUUAUGGUGGCAUUGACCUAAUUUUAAGACGGCCAUUGAUCCUUAAUUAUGAUCUUGAAACUCAGCUGAUUCCAAAGGUUACUUUUCUUCUGGAGCUUAGUGGGGGAGAUGAAAAUGGCACUGGGACGGUGCUGCGGAGGCUUCCUACAAUCUUGAGCUACAGUUUUGGCCAUUUGGAGAACCAUGUAGAGUUCUUCAGGUGUUUUGCUGGACUAAGUGAUCAACAAAUAUUCAAGAUCAUUCUCGUGUUUCCAAAUGUGAUUAGUGCCAGCAAGGAGCGUAAAUUGCAUCCAAGAGUAGAGUUUCUCAAGCAAUGUGGCUUGGAUUCUAAUGACAUUUUCAAGUUCUUGACAAAAGCUCCUCUAUUUCUAGCCCUGUCUUUGGAAGAUAAUCUUGCACAUAAGCUUGGAGUUUUGGUGAAGAUUGGGUAUGAAUAUAGAACAAAGGAAUUGGCUAUGGCAGUCGGCGCUAUGACUAGAACAAGCUGUGAGAAUAUGCAGAAGGUGAUAGGGCUUUUCUUGGAUUAUGGACUGUCUUAUGCCGACAUUCUCGCCAUGAGCAAGAAGCAUCCUCAAGUUUUGCAGUACAAUCAUGGUUCCUUGCAAGAGAAGAUGGAGUACUUGAUAGAGGAGAUGGGUCGGGAAGUUGAAGAGCUUUUGGUUUUUCCUGCAUUUCUUGGUUACAAGCUUGAUGGGAGGAUCAAGCAUAGAUAUGAAGCAAAGAGAAAGACUAGAGGAGAAAAUAUGUCACUCAACAAACUUUUAACAGUAUCAGCUGAAAGAUUCAAGAACAAAGAAACUCUUGUUCAUGAUUGACUAACCAAAUGAGGAGCAAAGUUACAAAAAGUUUGUUUCUUUUAUUCAGUGGUUAUUUUCCUGGUUCUUAAUUUCCUAUUUCAGAAAAAUUUCUCCUUGCUCAAAUUGGAUUCAGAGGGACUCUUGAUCUAGUCUCAUAAGCUGUUGCGGUGUGCUUGAUUAUAAGUUGGUCAAUGACAAAGUUGGAAACCUCAGAAAGAACUCUGGCAAUCAGAUCAGGUGGUAGUACUGUAGUACUAGCAGCCGGCAAUUCUUGUAUUGAUGAGCUUGGAUGGAAUCAGAGUAGAUAUCAUCCAUAGUGGAGACUGGAGCACUUUAUUUCCUCUUGGUGUCUUAUUGUAAUAGUUCUAUUAUUGGAAUUAUAAAACUCAGCAUUGAUCUAUAUCAAUUAAAAAAAAAAAAGACUUCGAUGCAAAGUACUGCAUCUGCAAUCCGAAGUCCGAAGUUUCUCUAAAGAUUUUGAUUGCCAAUACCUGUCAUAUGCUCGCGUAUCUACAUGGUGAAGAAAGAUUAGCCUCAAAGACUAAUUUUGAGAGUGUUCAUAAGAGAUGGUCUCACUGUGGCAAACGUCAUUAAUAGAAGCCAUGGUAGCAUGGGUAGUUCAUUUUUCAAACAGAAACCAUCAACUGAGACACGGAAAAGAAAGCCAGCAGAAACUUGCCUAGACAGGGGAAAGCUGCACAUAUCAACUUACCUAUAGAUUCUAAAUAUACUUCAAAAUGUUUUCUCUCAUCUUUUAUAGAUUAUCAUAUGUGUAUCUAAUCUUCACAAGAAGCAUCAAUUAUACGUUCAUACAUUUUAGAA